UGAAACCGCCUUCUGAUCAGCUGACUUCCUCGGGAGCCUGAGACCUGUUGAAGUAAAUGUUGUGUCUGUUCAGACUCAUUAGUCACAAUAAGAAUGAGAGGUCUGGCACUGCUGUUACUGCUGGGAGCCCUGAGAGGGUGUCUCUUACAGAAUAUCCGGGUGUCCCAGAUCCCUGCAGUGAGCGCCACAGAGGGCAGCACAGUCACCUUACAGUGUCACUAUACACUCAGCAGCACUGAGAAUGGGUCCCUCGGCUGGUACAGGUGGUACAGACAUGUGCUGGGGGGGCCGGAGGUCUCUAAUAAUAGUCGCAAUUACACAGGCAGAGUCUCCAGUGCAUGCCAGAGUGACUGUUCGAGUGAAUUUAUCAAUAACAGAUCAGCCAGCAUCCAGCUGCACAGAGUGCAAAUCCCAGACACUGGAGUGUACAUCUGUGAAGUUGCACUGGAGCUCAGUCGGACUCUACAAGGACAUGGGAAUGGGACCUUCCUUAAUGUGACAGUUACAGUCAGUACUUCAUGGGGACGCUUCACCCUUUAUCACUGGAUUGGAGCAGGCGCCCUGGGUUUACUAAUGUCGUUUGCACUUUAUCUGAACUGCAAGGAACAUAAGCAGGUUAUUAGUGGAGAAGAAAUGAUUUGUGCCUACAAGAAGCAAGCAAACAUGGAUCCCACCAACUGUACAGAACAACUUGGAGAGGAAAUUGUAUACAGCACUGUUUGAUUGAUAAGGGCCCUUAACCCACAAUAUGCUGGAGGGAAAAUGCAGAAUUCUACAGACAAUUACACAACUGUAAAGAAUAAGAACAUGGGAGUCUCCACCAAAAUGCCCAGCUCUUUAUAGGGAGGCUACAUAAUGCCAUGAUUUCUAUCUUUUUAUUUUUGUGUAAACAUUCUCAUCUGGGUGAGAACUGGAUAUUGCUAUUACUUUUUAUUAGAAAACUGCAUUUUUAACAUUUCGUUUGGAAAAGGUAAUGUCAGUGAGACACAGAUGUAUUUUUCUAAACAGAACUUUUUAGUAGAAAAAAUACUUUUUUAUUAGUAGGGUUUAUAUUGACUUUAUCUUAUUUAGCUGUUCAGUGAAACCUAUUCCUUCCAGGGUGUUUAUUACAUUUUCUGUUUGAAUCAAAAUAAACUUGUACUGCUGAUAAUAAAGAUCAUGGACCAACU